CACUGCACAGGUAGUGCUACAGGAGGUGUGUGUUGGCAGCCAGCCCGAGUCCACCUUGCACCUUGCUGGAUGCCAGAAAACUGAGCAAAUACUUCCGUUUUCAGGCUGUUCCCUCCCCUCUCCGUACACCUGCAACCUCUACCAGGGCUGUGCCUGGAGCAAACUGGAGCCACUGGGACAGCAGCUGGGCUGGGAGCUUGGGAAAAACCUGACCCAAGGAAAAACAGGCAAGUGAAAGAGGACUGGAGCAAGGCGAGGACCCAUCCUGUGUGGGGGGCAGGACUUGAGCAGUGCACAGAAGGUUUUCCCACACCACUGAGCCCUCAGCUGCUGGAGGAGAUGAGCAUUUCAGCAGAGCACAAGCCCCUGAAGAAGCAGGUCACUGGCAGCCUGCAUACGUUGUCACCCAUCGUGGAGCUAAACGUGGGCGGGGAGAUGUACACCACAACACUCAGCACCUUAAAGAAACAUCCUGGCUCCAAGCUGGCAGAGAUGUUCACUGGCCAGCCCAAACUCAGGACUGACUCUGAAGGCAGGUUCUUCAUCGACAGGCCGGGCACUUAUUUCAAAUACAUCUUGGAGUACCUGCGCAGCAACCAAGUGCCCACCCAGUGCGUCCAGGAUGUCUACAAAGAGGCCUUGUUCUAUGACAUCGAACCUCUGAUCAAGCAGCUGGAGGACUCCCCCCAGAUCUUUGGAGAGCUGGUGGCAAGGAAGCAGUUUCUGGCCCGUGUGCCCAGCUACAGUGAGAACCUUGAGCUGAUGAUCCGCAUCGCCAGGGCAGAAGCGGUCGCCUCCCGCCGCUCCAGCGUCAUCGUCUGCGUGGUCAGAACCGAGGAGGACGCAGCCAGGUGCCAGGAUGCCUUGAACAGCUUGGACAUGGACAAAAAAUCCGUGGUGAAGUUUGGCCCUUGGAAGGCAGCACCAAGUAUUUCUGAUCUGCUGGACUGCAUUCAAAUGGACGUCGAAGCCAAGGGGUACAAAAUAUCCUUCCAGCCCCACGUCGCAGAAAAGGGCUUCCGCUUCAAAUCCCAUGACUUCUUCUACAAGUUCUGGUUCACCUGGUGGUAGAGAAGUGCCACCAUUGA